AUUAUGUGAGUCUUGGUCACAUCAUCACUUGAAUCAACCAAACUUGUUGUGCUUCCUUUUUUUGCAUCUCUUUUUCUUCUUCCGGACACAUUUCGUGAUCGCAACGGGAAACCGGCAAUGUCGGUAACAGCCGCCCCGUCCGCCGUCCGACCGUUCCAUUUGGCGCGAUUGGGGGACGGCCCCCGGCGGCCUAGAAUGGCGGUGACGGUGGGAUCAUUCAACACGGUGUCGGCAGCUUCGAUCCUCACCAAGCUGCAGAAGGACUGCGCCACCCCUUUGCCGGUUCUGCAGCAAGUGGCGGACGCCAUGGCGGCGGACAUGCGGGCUGGCUUGGCGGCGGACGGAGGCAGUGAUCUCAAGAUGAUUCUUAGCUAUGUUGAUGCCAUGCCCACUGGGAAUGAAAAGGGAUUAUACUAUGCAUUGGAUCUUGGUGGUACGAAUUUCCGAGUGCUGAGAGUGCAACUAGGAGGGAAGGAAGAAAGGGUGGUCGCAACAGAAUUCGAGCAGGUCUCCAUCCCUCAGGAAUUGAUGUUUGGUACCUGUGAGGAGCUCUUUGAUUUUAUAGCAUCUAGACUGGCAAAAUUUGCUGAGAAGGAAGGCGGGAAGUUUGAGUCCGCCCAUGGAAGAACAAGAGAAGUAGGAUUUACUUUCUCUUUUGCAGUGAAGCAGACAUCAAUUAACUCAGGCAUUCUCAUCAAAUGGACUAAAGGCUUUGCAGUCUCAGGAGCUGAAGGGAGAGACGUAGUCGCCUGCUUGAAUGAGGCUAUGGGAAGGCAGGGCCUAAAUAUGAGAGUGUCUGCCCUGGUCAAUGAUACUGUUGGAGCAUUAGCUGGAGCUAGAUACUGGGACGACAAUGUCAUGGUCGCAGUCAUUCUAGGAACAGGAACCAAUGCCUGCUACGUGGAGAACGUGGAUGCUAUUCCUAAGCUGCACGCCCCUAAAUCAGCAAGUGGAAGUAUGAUUAUAAACACGGAGUGGGGGGCGUUCUCGAGGGGCCUUCCCUUGACUGAGUUUGACAGAGAAAUGGAUGCUGCGAGUAUCAAUCCCGGGCAACAGAUAUUUGAGAAAACAAUUUCUGGCAUGUAUCUUGGUGAAAUUGUUAGACGAGUGUUGCACAGAAUGGCCGAAGAUAUUACAUUAUUUGGCGACUCCUUACCAGAAAAGCUACAGGAACCGUUUUCUCUCAGGACACCAGACAUAUGCACCAUGCAGCAGGACUCAUCCAAAGAUCUCGAAGUCGUUGGAUCGAUCCUCUACGAUGUGGCUGGGGUGAAUUCCAACUUGAAGUUGAGGAGGAUAGUAGUAGACGUAUGUGAGACUGUUGCAAAACGUGGGGGACGGUUGGCUGGGGCAGGCAUCGUUGGGAUGCUCCAGAAGAUGGAGGAAGAUUCAAAAGGUGUGGUCUUUGGUAAGAGAACGGUGGUGGCAAUGGAUGGCGGCUUAUACGAGCAUUACCCUCAAUACAGAGGGUACCUUGAAGAUGCUGUGACCGAGCUUUUAGGACCAGAGUUAUCCAAGAAUGUAAUUGUACAACACUCUAAAGAUGGAUCUGGUAUUGGAGCUGCUCUUUUGGCUGCUACUAAUUCCAUCUAUCAACAUUGAUUUCUCCAUCAUCAUUGUCAAACUCUUGGUCCAUCAAUUUCUUGUCGUUGAUUGUGAGGGACAAUUUUUUGCA